AUGGCGAUGCCUGACUUUGGUCGGCUACCGGAAUUCAGCGGCAGCUCCGGCUCCUGGAGAUCCUGGUAUGGGAGGCUACAGUUCUUCUUCGAGGCUAGCGACAUUGCGGACGCUUCCAAGAAACGUGCUCAUCUGCUAACGUUAUGCGGGGACCAGACUUACGACGUCGUCUGCGCCCUCGAUCAACCCAAGCAGCCCAGCCAAAUCACGGGCAUCAAUGAUGUAUCAGACGACAAACUUGUUUCCAAGCUUCUAGACAAGUACCAGUCUGUGUUCGACGAGGACAUCUCAGGACACAAUGGUCCUCCGCUCCUUCAGAAGGACGCCGCGUGGAGAUGGGAGACCAAGCAUCAAGAAGCAUUCAAUAAACUUAAGAGAUUACUUCUCAGUCAGACCGUACUGGCACAUUACGACGAACAGAAGGAGCUUCUCGUCUCAUGCGACGCUUCACCAUACGGCAUAGGAGCUGUUCUGUCUCAACGUGAUAACCAGAAUAGGGAGGCGCCAAUCGCUUUCGCAUCUCGGACGCUAGGGACAGCGGAACGCAAUUAUGCUCAGUUGGACAGAGAAGGCCUUGCUGUAGUGUUUGCCGCACACAAGUUCCUCAGGUAUAUUGCGGGAAGAAAGGUGACUUUCGUCACGGACCAUCAGCCGCUGCUCGGCAUACUGGGUCCAGGGAAGCCAACGGCUCAAUUCCUCUCACCACGGAUGACCAGAUGGUGCAUCAAGUUGUCGGCCUAUGACUACAACAUCGUCUACAGGCAGGGCAAGAACCAUCAAAAUGCGGACGCGUUGAGUCGAUUGCCACUACCAGAAUGUCUCGAUGAACCCUGGCCACCAGGCGACGCACUAUUGUUCGAAGCUUUGUCGAGGCCUCCGUUUACUGCUACAGAGAUAGCACGUCUGACACAACAAGACAGCAUCCUGCAGAGGUUGUACAAGGCAGUGCAGGUUGGCACAGUGGAGAAACUCACUGGAGAUGAGUUCGAUCCUUACCGACGACGAGCGACCGCACUAGCCUUUCAUUGCGGGUGCCUCACACUUCGAUCACGGGUGAUCAUACCGAGCUCAGCACGAUCCCACGUUCUGGCACUUCUGCACGCUGGUCACCGAGGCAUGGUAGCCAUGAAGUAG